CCUUAGUCUCCUCAAUGGCCUACUACUCAGAAACACAAAGUUCUAGUCCACAAAGAGUUGAUUUUAACUCAGGGGACUAAUUCAGACUGAACAGACUCCGAGACACCAAUGUCUAAACAACCAGCCAGGCAGUUUACUCAUUUACUUCUUCAGCAACUAUUCAUGUCAGCUUCCCAGUGCCAAAAUGCACAACCCAUGGACAAGGAUUUCAUAAGCACCCAGUGUCCAUUAUUUAACCAACUCAAACCACGCAGCUGCUAAGCCAGGUUGCUGCUCUCAGAAGCCUCAAGAAGUUCGAACAGGGCUCUGGUCAAUCUCAGGUCGCCAGGCUCGGCGCUGCUGGUGUGGACGCGGACGUCGCUGGGACAGCCCCUCCCGCUGCUCGGCGGCGGCACCUGCCCAGCCGCCCCUCCGCUCGCCGCCCGCCCCGCCGCUCCGGACCCGGUUUCCAGCGCCUCUUCCUCCCAGUCCCGGGCGAGCCGCGUUGGGUUUAUGUCUUUAUUUGACGAAAACGAGCUGUUGCGCAGCCAUUGGUACCUGUAUUGGGGAAACAUAGCAUACAAGCAAGAAGCUUACAGCCUCAGUGGCGAAAAUUUUUUCAUGUCAGAGACCGAGAACUCUUGCAGUCGUUUAUGUCAUCCCUUCUUCUCCAGACAGAAGAUACCAAAAAGUUGCAAUCAAAGAUCUGUUCAUCUUAUUGAUAAAGUCACUAAUAAGCCAAAAUGUCUGUCAACGUCAACCGCAGCGUGUCAGACCAGUUCUAUCGCUACAAGAUGCCCCGUUUGAUUGCCAAGGUUGAGGGCAAAGGAAAUGGAAUCAAGACAGUUAUAGUCAACAUGGUUGACGUUGCAAAGGCGCUUAAUCGGCCUCCAACGUAUCCCACCAAAUAUUUUGGUUGUGAGCUGGGAGCACAGACCCAGUUUGAUGUUAAGAAUGACCGUUACAUUGUCAAUGGAUCUCAUGAGGCGAAUAAGCUGCAAGACAUGUUGGAUGGAUUCAUUAAAAAAUUUGUUCUUUGUCCUGAGUGUGAGAAUCCUGAAACAGAUCUGCAUGUCAAUCCAAAGAAGCAAACAAUAGGUAAUUCUUGUAAAGCCUGUGGGUACCGAGGCAUGCUUGACACACAUCAUAAACUCUGUACAUUCAUUCUCAAAAACCCACCUGAGAACAGUGACAGUGGUACAGGAAAGAAAGAAAAGGAAAAGAAAAAUAGAAAGGGCAAGGACAAGGAAAAUGGCUCCGUAUCCAGCAGUGAGACACCACCACCACCUCCACCACCAAAUGAAAUUAGUCCUCCUCCACAUGCUGUGCAGGAAGAAGAGGAGGAUGAUGAUUGGGGGGAGGAUACAACAGAGGAAGCUCAGAGGCGCAGAAUGGAUGAAAUCAGUGACCAUGCAAAAGUUCUGACACUCAGCGAUGAUUUGGAAAGAACUAUAGAAGAGCGUGUUAACAUCCUGUUUGAUUUUGUUAAGAAAAAGAAAGAAGAGGGCAUUAUUGAUUCAUCUGAUAAAGAAAUUGUUGCUGAGGCAGAAAGACUGGAUGUAAAAGCUAUGGGUCCUCUUGUUUUGACUGAAGUUCUCUUUAACGAGAAGAUAAGAGAGCAGAUCAAGAAAUACAGGCGCCAUUUCUUAAGAUUUUGUCAUAACAACAAAAAGGCUCAGCGGUACCUUCUUCAUGGUUUGGAAUGUGUGGUAGCAAUGCAUCAAGCUCAGCUGAUCUCUAAGAUUCCACAUAUCUUGAAGGAGAUGUAUGAUGCAGACCUUUUAGAAGAGGAGGUCAUCAUCAGCUGGUCGGAAAAGGCCUCUAAGAAAUACGUCUCAAAAGAACUUGCCAAAGAGAUUCGUGUCAAAGCAGAACCAUUUAUUAAAUGGUUGAAGGAAGCAGAGGAAGAAUCUUCUGGUGGUGAAGAAGAAGAUGAAGAUGAAAAUAUUGAGGUGGUAUAUUCGAAGACUGCCAGUGUACCAAAAGUUGAAACUGUGAAGUCUGACAACAAGGAUGAUGACAUUGAUAUUGAUGCCAUUUAAAAGGAUGGAUGCAACUUAGCUUAACAGUGUAAUGCUGCAAAUUUUUCUCCAUUAUCAGCCAGAAGUGCAACAUGUAUGUGCAAAAGCUCAAAUGGCUUAACAUCAUGCUACACUUGAUACUAAAAAGCUAUUACUGUGAGUGGUCUAUAAUUAAGCCCAAUGAGACAUCUAGGGAGUCCAUACUUAUCAGUGAGCAGUUGUAGUUUGCUUAUUUAUAGCAUGUUUCUUUUGGAAAAACUAGUGGUGGACACAUUUGGAUCACAUUUAUACAGUUACUAAAAAAUAAAGAUUUGAUUUUGGUCAUUCUUCAGACUUUGGGCUCUGAAUGGCUUAUACUGAAGUAAUUGGCUACUUAUAGGACGUUACACCAUUUAACUUAAGGUCCUUGAGCCUGGUAGAUUGCAGGUGCUGAAACUUACAGAAUGCAAACCAUUGUAAUGACCUUUCUCAGCCAUUAAGAAAUGGGAUAUUUUAAAAGUUGUAUCUCCAGUCCUCAUCUGUUCAGAUUGGCAACUGAUAAUUCUUGUCAUUCUAAGUGAGACUGAUGAAUAAAUAACAGUGUGACAUCUUCAUGAGAAGUAAAAACAACCUGUUUGUCCUAUGGUUUUAAGAGCAAGUUUUGAAAUUUGGAGUUGUGAUUUUUCAGUUUGUGUACACUCACCCCAAAUUGUAGUCUUUGGAGUCAUGUGCUUUGCACAUUUAUGAGCCAGGGAAAUAAUUAACAAAUAAGUAUUUUGUGUGUAUUUAGUGGUUGCUUUGUAAUGAGAGAAAAAGCUUUGAGGUGUGGUUAAAUCGUAAACUCUGGUUCUAUUUGGGAGAAACAGGAAAAGGUGCACUUAAUUCCUAGCUAAAACAGCAUAAUUGUUCAGCUUUUACCCUUAAAUUAUAAUUUCAAGAUGUUUAGACAUACUGUAUCUUGUGUUUGAUGUGUUCUCCCCACCCCACCUCCUAAUAUUAUGGUUUAUUCUUCAAUGCCUUUUAAUUUGGAUAUAAUAGCUUGUACUUUAGAUUUUGGUUGCUAUCUUGCCAAAAUAAGUGUUAUUGUGUUUCAAGCUUGAUGCCCUUCCCCCCAAUUGUCUUAUUUAAAGAGAAAGUUAAAAUCAUACUUCUGAGUCAGAGCCUGUAUUUUGGUGUAAGACUUGGGAUGUUUUUUACUUCACAUUGAAUAUAGUUGGGCACCUGAGAAGUCUGGUGAUGGCCACUGGGUGGGUGUAGUUGCUAGGGCCUGACCAGCCCAUUCAGAGCCUUGAACUUCAGACACAAGUGAAUUCCUUACCCAUUAGCUGGUGUAAACUCCAUCUGGGUUCCUGAUUAUAUUUGCAUACUCGUCUUCAACAUUAAAAACUUAUCGUAUAUACUCCUUUCCACAAAAGUGCAUUCUGGGAGUUAAGAACCCAGGUGGUUAAUUUGUGUGGCAUACUAACUCAUAACAUUGUUUAGAUCUUAUCUUUUAUGUCAUCCAUCUCACAGAUUAUAAAACUUUAAUAAAUAUGUAAAUUUUUUGCAUUGAAAUGAUACAAAUUUUUGGUAAAAUUAAAACCUUGAGUCCGCUGAGCAUGGAAUGGGAGCCAUAUACCUGGAAUGGUAACAAGGGAAUAUGCAGUGUCACACCAAAGAAGAGGUAUUUGCAAACUCAUUUUGUAAGUUUCAGAUUCUUUGUUGCAUGGCCCGACCAUCCAUUUGUCAUCAUGAGAUUCUCAAGUAGAUCAGCAUAUUCAACCUCAGGCUGGUAAGAUUUUUGUCUUAGAGCAGUCACAGUCAGGUCUUAAAUACUGAGGAAGGGGCUUGGGCUUCAGCCACUGUUCUGUCUGGUGCCAAACCAGUGGGGUUCAAAUUCACACAAUCUGGGGUUUAAGAGUAAUCAAUCGUUCAUUGCUCUAUUAAGGUGUCUUAAAAAGUUUCCUGUUUCAAACAGCUACAUUACUUGAUUAAAACAAUGUUAAAAUUAAA